AUGGCGCCACACACGACAUUGCUUCUGUGCACCACACUGGCUCUCCUAGGAUAUGCCACGUGGGUGCACAUAAGAUACCGUUUGGACUGCCGCCAAUUCGCACGAGCGCACGGAUGCAAGCCCACACCAAAGUCCUACGGCACGAGCAUAAUUCUCGGUCUCGACACCCUGCCAGACCUCAUUCGUGCCAUACGACAGCAUCGCUUACUUGACCUCGGCUGCGAGGUUUUCGAGCGAUACGGACACACGUUCAGUGCGACCGAGCUCGGGCGACAUCACAUUGUCACGAUAGACCCUGACAACAUCAAGACGGUUCUCUCCUUGCAGUUCAAAGACUAUGCCGUGGGGUAUCGUCUGGACGCUUUCCGACCUCUUCUCGGAGAGAGCAUCUUCGACACGGACGGCGAGGCUUGGGCGAGAUCCCGCACUUUGAUACGGCCCAGCUUCGCUCGAGAUCAGAUUGCAGAUCUGGCUUCGUUGGAGUCCUUGUUCCAGGACCUCUUGGCGCUUUUACCGCGGGAUGGAAAAACAGUCGUGGACCUGCAGCCUCUGUUUUAUCGCUACACGCUUGACUCUGCGUGUGACUUUCUCUUCGGUCGUUCUGCUUGUACCCUGAGAGGCGAGCACUCCGGAACUGACUUCGAAAGCGCUUUCGAGUAUGCAAAGCAGGCGAUGUUGGUGCGAGGAACGAUUGGACGACUGGGCAUGCUCUACCGUGAUCGCAAAGCAGAGAAAGCGUAUCGUACCUGUCGAGACUUCGCAGGCCAAUUCGUUGAUGAGGCAAUACGUAAGGCCAGCGGAUCUGGAACAACAGCAGAACAUGACUCUUCAAAGCGGAUCUUCUCCCACGAGCUGGCGGUCCGCACGACUAGCCGGAAAGUCGUCCUGGACGAAUGCAUGAGCUUGUUACUCGCCGGGCGAGAUACGACUGCCAGUCUCCUUGGGAAUCUGUUCUUCAUGUUGGCCAAGAAUCCAGCCAUCUGGGACAAAAUUCGAGAAGAGGUUGCUUUCCUGGACGGUCGACCCCCAAGCUACGAUGAGCUCCGGCAGCUGAGAUAUGUUCAACGCUGCGUGAACGAAUUCAUUCCUCGCAACGAGCGACAGGCAGUCCGUCACACGGUCCUGCCCAACGGCGGCGGUAUCGAUGGUAGCUCGCCAGUUUUCGUUGCGAAGGGACGUGUCGUCGCAUGGAACAUACACGCUAUGCAUAGCCGCAAAGACAUAUACGGGCCUGACGCUGAUGAGUUUCGCCCAGAGCGUUGGGAGAACGAAGAGCUCAGACCUCAGUGGGCGUAUCUACCUUUCAACGGUGGACCUCGCAUUUGUAUAGGACAGCAGUAUGCCCUCACCGAAGCUGGGUAUGUUCUCGUCCGAAUGGCGCAAGAGUUCUCGGUUCUGAAGAGCGAAGAUGAUGGGCCGUGGGUGGAGAGUCUUGCGAUCACUGUAUUUCCUCGGAAUGGCGUGAAGGUGUCGCUGACGCCUGCUUGAGCGGACUUGCGUGUUCGAAUCUCCACUCGAUCAGAUCUACACUCACUCGUACAGAGCUGAAUGCGUAGGUUGCGGAUAAGGAUCAUAACUGAACCUUUCACACGUCGACAGGGCGGUGUAUGACGUGAUUGACGCUCCAGAUCGACCAGCUGCAAGGAACUCGAGUACUCGAAUCGGAUACUCGCAUGCCCUACCUCCAUGGCUCCGCUCAAACCGCACCACUCGACUC